AAAUUCGCGCGGCGAGCACAAGGGUUUGACAAACGUCAAUGUUUUUGACUAGAGGUCCGUUUAGAGUGCCAAUGACUGUGGCUUUUGGCAGCCUUUGUGAGUGAUGUGAUUCUGUUGAAAAAGCAAUGAUCAAAUGUACCUACUGUUUUGAUACAUGACAGUAUAUCUCUUCGCAAACCCAAAGUCCAUGAAAUCGCGAAUAUGAUUCGUGUGGCAUGCCUAUUUCUGGUAUGUCUUCUGGCUGUUGAUGGAUAUCGGCUUCCCAAAGAUGUUAUCCCUGAGCACUAUAAACUAGAAAUAAUCUCCUACUUGGGGGAAAAAGACAAUUUCAAUUUUGAUGGCAAAGUAUGGAUUCGGGCCAUAUGUGUUCACCCAUCACAAAACAUAACCCUACACUCCAAGGAUCUCGAAAUAAAAGACGGGGGGGUCACCUUGAAAGACACAUCCACCAACGAUUCCAAAGCAGUGAAAAUAUCCCAAGUAGAAUUCGAAAAGGACAACGACUUCCUCAUAAUCCACUUGAACGAGCUGCUGAAGAAAAACCACAAAUACGAAAUUUUCAUCUCGUUCCGGGGAAAAUCAGACGAUGGUCUGGCAGGAUUUUACCGAAGCAGCUAUUACGAUAAGAAGAAGCAUGAGAAGGUAUGGCUGGGUGUUACCCAGUUCGAGGCUAUCAGUGCCAGGAUGGCCUUCCCUUGCUUUGAUGAACCUGAAAUGAAGGCAACUUUCGAUAUUAGCAUCGGCAGGAAGGAUGGAUACAAGGCGAUUAGCAACAUGCCUUUGGUCAUUACUGAACCACUGAAAGAAAAAGAAGGGUGGUUCUGGGACAGAUUCGAUCGGUCAGUUCCGAUGUCAACUUAUUUAGUGGCGUACAUCGUAUCAGACUUUCAUCAUAAAACAGCGGAUACUGCCGAAAAUAACAAUGUCACUUUCAGAGUUUGGGCCAGGAAAGAUGCUCUAAAUCAGGUUGAUUUCGCCAAGGAAGUUGGACCUAAAGCUUUGGAAUACUACGAGAAAUUCUUCGACAUCAAAUACCCUCUUCCAAAACAAGAUAUGGUCGCCAUCCCCGACUUCAGCGCCGGAGCCAUGGAAAACUGGGGUCUGAUCACCUACAGAGAAGCAUACCUUCUGUACGACCCAAAAGUUUCAUCCAAAACCAGCCAGCACAGCGUGGCUAGUGUUAUUGCCCACGAGUUGGCUCAUCAAUGGUUCGGCAACUUGGUUACCAUGAAAUGGUGGACUGAUUUGUGGUUGAACGAAGGCUUUGCAACAUACAUGGCUAGUUUAGCAGUAGAGGAACUAUUCCCACAAUGGAAUUCUUUGCAGGAAGAAGCUGCUGAUAACCUCCUGGGUGUGUUUUCGUUUGAUUCAUUGAUGACUUCGCAUCCUGUAUCAGUUCCGAUUGGAGACCCCAAGGAAAUAGACGAAAUAUUCGACACAAUCUCUUACAAAAAGGGUUCCUCUCUCAUAAGGAUGAUGAGUCUGUUUUUGAGUGAAGGUGUACUUAGGAAAGGAGUAAGCAACUACUUGAGGAAGCACAAGUUCAGUAAUGCAGAGCAGGACGAUCUCUGGGAAUGUCUUACAGAAGAAGCACAUAAAACUAAAGUUCUGCCGAAGAAUUUAACGGUCAAAGUUAUUAUGGAUACCUGGACGUUGCAGACUGGGUAUCCGGUAAUCACUGUGAAGAGAGAUUAUAACAAGAAAAGUGCUGAUAUAACCCAG